UCAUGUGAUCAUGCAAUUUGUUUCCCUCACGUGACUCAGUUAGGCACAGGCUCCUUGUUAUGGUAGGAUGCUGAAAACAAUGUUGUGUUAAAUGCAAUUCGCAAGAACAGUCAAGGGAUUUACAGAAAAUGAGUGAGAAAGGGGACACUUUCAAGUGUGCACAUAACUAGCAGCACCUUAACUCAGCAAGUGCAAGCGAGUGAGCUUUUCGUUUUAAUAACUGAUCAAAUGUAUUGUAAUGGUGUACAAAUUCCACCAAUAGGCUAAUCGCAGUCACUCUCUUUUUUUUCUAUCAAAACAAAUUAAGAACGAGUACAUGCCGGUACAUGCACAUCCACCACAAGCAGCUCGGGUGACAGCAAACUCAACACAUGAACAACUGGUUGAAAUUUGGAUCUGGGAAUCUCUAUUUGGACUAAAAUGGCAUCCUUAAACGUGGUGACAUUAUUACUGUGUCUUGGCCUUGUUGUCUUGGUUAAUUCUUACCCAUUGUUAUACAAACAUGAAAAUCAGUGGACAAAGCUGAUUUUGACUCACCUCUGGCCUAAGACUUUGUGUACAAUGGAAGAAGUUAGUUGCCAAACUGCAGAUAAGUUUAACUACUGGACUUUACAUGGGCUCUGGCCUGAUAAAGGACAAAGCUGCAAUAGGUCCUGGCACUUCAAUGUGAAUGACAUUAAGGAUCUACUUCCUGAAAUGGAAAACUGGUGGCCUGAUCUGUUGCAUCCAGGAAGUAAUCAGUUCUGGAAACAUGAAUGGGAAAAGCAUGGGACCUGUGCAGCUGUCGCAGAAUCAUUAAACUCUGAGAAUAAAUACUUUGCUAAAGCACUGGACCUUUACAAAAACGUAGGCCUUGAUAGUAUUCUUAAGAAGUUUAACAUUGUGCCAUCUUCAAAAUACUACAGACUGGAUGAUAUCAGGAAUUCUAUUGGCAGUUUUUACAAAGUAAAACCAAAGAUCCAGUGUGUUUCUCCUUCACAGGGAGAGGAAGUACAAACACUGGGUCAAAUUGAAAUCUGCUUUGACAAAGAAUAUCAACUGAUCGACUGUGUGGAAUACGAAGAAGAGCUGUUUAACAGUACUGAUGACUUUGCCUUUGAAUCUGCUGUGCCCUCAGACUUUUCCGUCUGUGAUGAGUCAAUGCCGGUAUAUUAUCCUCCAGUACAUGAUGAAUACUAGCAGUUGUUGUAGACACUGGGGUAGAGUUAUUAAGCUUUUGCUUAAAUAUUCCCUUUUUGCUGAAACAAAUAUAAAAUAAUUAACAAACCCGCACAUAAUGAUAAUGUCUGUUGCACUUGGAUUUUACUAGUUUGGUAACACUAACUAAACUUUUUUUUUUUUUAAACAAUAUAGGAUGAACUAGCAACAUCUAAGAAAAUGUGUGUUCUUAAUUGAGUACCCUGUAUACUGGGCGAAUUUUAACAAAGGGUUAAAUAUAUUGGUCUGCAAUUUAUCUUUGUCGGAUGUCUUGCUGCCACAAAGCUUUUGAAAUCUGACGACCAGGCUCCAGUGUGUUGUUGUAAUAAUCUAGUACAUGACUUGCAAGUCUGGGUGUACAUUUAGUGAGUCAAGACAAUAAGUGCUGCAGAAUAUCUUUUAUUUAAUCUAUUUUGAGGUUGUGACGUUGGGGCAAGAGAAUAGCAUGCAGUGUUUAAUACCAGCAGUAACAGUGGUAGUACAUUGUGGGACAACAAAUCUGCUGUAUUAUCCUCCAAAAUAAUUCCCUAAACCAUGCUAGCCAAAACCACCACAGUCAUUCUUUUGUCAUAACUCUUAAUUGCUACACCCUGACUUGCCUGAGAUAUGGAUUAUUUCAAAUUGCAGUUGUUCAGAGCACUGUCAAUUGAAUAAGUGAUACUUAUAAGACAUAGUACUGUACCAAAAUAGAGCAUUAACAGUUUCAGAACUUAAGGCAUUUUCUUGUAAGUAAUGAGAUUACACUAACCUGAUUACGUACAUGUUUAGGCAACGAAUACUAACACUGAUCACGUUGUCUUUAACACUGAACUGUAUAUUUGUAGAGUUGGGGGACAUUGCUAAAUAAUUAUAUUUAAUUUAUUUGGUUUUGAUUAAAAAAAAAAAAAAAAAAAAUGUAAGCAAUCGGUGAUUAGAAUUUUAAUGGGGGUGGGGUCUUGUCUUAUUUUUCCUCUGUGGUUCAAAAUCCUGUCAUUGUUCAAAAUUGUUUGUAAAACAUGAUCCUGUUAAAGCAUUUUAUAUUUGUUGUGUGGAAGUUCAUAUCCAUGGUACUUUAUACUGGUGCUUUAUUUUCUAUUUUUUAUACAUUUCAACACAUUAAAUGUUUUUGUUUACUAUUAAAACAUUUCAAAGUGUC